GGCGUAAGGUGAGCGAAAUGCGGCCAGACGGAAGUUUGACUGAACACUAAACCAGCGCGGCAGAUGAAAUACACAUCAGUUUAUUUACAUCGUAGAUGUGGCGGCAACACGACAACAUGGAGUCGAGUGCGGACCGCGGACUAGAUGUGGAAUGUGUUGUUAAUCGGUGGAUAGUGGAUUAUUAUAUAUCUGUGGCGUUUGAGGCGUUCAGGAAUGAACAGGACAGUGAUUUCUGUGAGAUCAGAGACAUCCUUCAAUGUCAUCUGGUUCGGCCGUUGGAAGCCUACGACGCCACACCCAAGAAGAUUCGAGCAAUACAGUUCCUCACCAGGAUAUAUGACGGUGACAAACUCGACUUCUCGUUUGACUCUCAGGAGGACCUCACGCCACUGGAGUCGGCUCUGUGCGUAUUGGACAGCAUCCGCGACGAGUUGCCGGUUCCCCAGAAAGACUUGGAGAGAGUACAGAAGUCUGUCAGAGAGAUGCUGGUGAUUGUGUGCAUUAAGAACCAGGCCUUUGACAAAGCCAAGGAGGUUUUGAUGAAAUACUUCCCCAAAAGCAAGGUUGGAAAGAAAGCCAUCUUCCUGGGGCUGGUCAACAAGAGGAGCAGUGAUCAUUCAGUCCUGCAGCAGGUCUCCUACCAGCAGUUUAAACAGGAGAUGCUGCAGUUCUGUCAGAGCCUGUUUCCCUUCGCUCAUCCUUUCCUGUCCAGGGCUGCCAGACAGCUGGUGGUGAAGAGACGGGAGGCAGGACAGGAUGCAGAGGAAGGAGACUGUCCUCAGCCCUCAGCCAGAGGACCAGCUUCUACCAGCAACAGAGGAGAAGACAUCCAGACACAACCCCAGGUAGCUUAUUGA